CGCAUGCGCGGUUAGUGACGCAGAGUCUAGGCCAGUCCGGGGCGGGGGGGGCCCGGCGGGACCAUGUCCGGGGUGCAGCGCAUGAGGGUGGCGAACGAGAGACACAGCAAGAGCAUCACCCAGCGAGGGGGCCUGCACCGCGCCCCGAAAGCCCCCCCAGAAGAGAAAGCCGCUGUGGGGCCGUGGCUGCUGGCCCUCUUCGUGUUCGUGGUCUGUGGCUCAGCUAUCUUCCAGAUAAUCCAGAGCAUCCGCCUCGGAGGAUGAUGGGAAACGCCGCUCUCCCUCCCACGCCUCUUCUCAGGGAAUUCUGGGAUACCUCCUGGACCUCCAGUGACCCUCUGUGAUGUGCUGCCGCGCCCCCUCCCCCGCCUGCCAACGCUGUCCCCCUUCUUUUUGCCUCUUUGUAUGUUUCCAGCCCUGGGGGGAAGAGGGCGGCUCCCCUUUCGUCUCUUCCCCCCCCAUAAGGUGGGGGUGUCCCCCAGAGGUCCUGUGAAGGCAGCCUGGGGUUUGGUCACGGUGUGUGGGGGAAGGAUUUUCCCUUAAAAUCUGUGAUUUCCACCCCCAGGUUUCGCAAUGUCUGACUGUUUACUGGAAAUACAUUAAAUGUUGGGAUUUUUAAUAAAA